AUGUCACGAUAUAUUCUACCUUUGUGCCUGGCUUCCAUUUCCCUUGCCCAGAACUUCGGGCUGCCUUACCGCCCGGACGGCUCCUUCGUCUGGACCCAGCCGGCUGAUACGGUCAUUCUGGGACAGUAUGGCCACUCCGAGCCCGUUUACCCUUCACCUGAAACCUCGGGGGCUGGCGGGUGGGAGAGUGCCCUGGUAAAAGCCCGCGAUUUUGUCUCUGAGCUCACGCUCGAGGAGAAAUCCUACAUGGUCACUGGCCACCCCGGGCCUUGCGUCGGAAAUAUCUUUCCAAUUCCCCGCCUCAAUUUCAGUGGCCUCUGUCUCCAGGACGGGCCAGCUGCCCUCCGUGAUGCCGACUUCGUAAGCGUGUUCCCGUUGGGAGUCACUAUUGCGUCGUCGUGGGAUAGAAAGAUGAUGUAUGGCAGAGCCGCUGCUAUGGGGCGGGAGUUCAAAGAGGAAGGAGCUCAGAUAGCGCUUGCACCGGCAGCAGGGCCCUAG